AUGAAAUCAAUUGCACAACUUGAGCAGUUGUUUAGACGAUGUGAAGGAGAACAACAAAUCUGUAACCUGGUGGCAAAGGUGAACGAUCUUAUAAAUAAUGCCGGUAAUUUAAAGGAUCACCAAGAGGUUGCCUUUCCUUUGUCAAGUGAGGUCAAAGCUCCUGGAAGACCUAAGCACAGUGAAAUUAGAAAAAUCUUAAAAGAAGAAAUUAUAGAUGUAAUGAAGGAACUUUUAGAGGAGAAACCUCUUAAAAAAACCAUUAAAAAUAUCAAAAAAGAAACCCAAUUUGCUGAAAAGCAAGAGCCUCUCAAAGAAGCUGAAAAAUAUUCCUCUGGAAUUAAAAGACCUAAACAUCUCCAAGACGACGAUUGGUACGAUUUGCCUAGUCCAAAAAAACAAAACAAAAAUGUGCAUGACUUUGCUCUGCCUGCUCAAAUCGACCAAGCCGCCAUUUCGUUGACGUUUAACCCCAAGUCCGAUGAUUGGUGCGGUGUCCGUGUAUUUGCACACCUGAAAGAGGGUGGAGAGGAUCAGUUUCCUUUGGUGAAGAAGAAGAUAUUGGCCACGAUGGCAACCCAUGGUAAACUUUACGAGCACAACUUUGGCAUAGAUGUUGCCAAAGUGACAGAGGUCAUUGCAUUUGGCUCCGAGAUUGACCCUGCUCUUGGGAAAAAUAUCCCAUCUUGCCCUUCCUCUAUGUGGUUCUCUGCACCAGACUGUGCUCAGAUAAUAGCUGACACAUAUAACGAGCCUGUUUGUGUGUACUCAGACGAUCGGAGCGUCUUGCCUGUAACUUUCCUUCCCCUCCAUGAUUGGAAGGAUCUCAAAAGAAAGCCAUUGCCGAUGGUCUUGCACCAUGUACAUGGGUGCCACUGGACAACAAUUAAAGUGAAGCCUCAUGUACAUCGGUCCUGGCCUGAGGUAAAUGCACUGUAUUUUGAUGCUAUCCGUAGAGGGAGUAUCAUUGACUGCUUUUCCACAAGUUGGAAUCAUUGGGGUCAGUUCCCAAAGAACAAGUCUUAUAUUUUACCCUCUACUACUAUCACUAACUCUCCUACAAAUUCUCUCGUAAAUUCUUCCAAUAUUAUUGACCUCACACAUAUAUAA